AUGUUAGUAAUCACAAAAAUGAUAAGGAGAAGUCCUACCCGAAUUGAAGUAAAAUUGGAUGAUCUGCAAGAGUAUGAAAACAUGAGGCGAGAGCAAGAAGCAAGAAAAGAGCAACAGCAAAACAAUAGUGUUUUGGGUGAAGCAUGGGCUCCAGGAGCCUCCAAGUUGCCGCAGGCUGUUGUUCAUGAUCGGAUUGGUUAUGCACCUCAACCGCGGUUAAAAUAGUUUUUCAUUGGUUUUUCUGUUUCAGUUUUUAAAUGCAAUAUUUUUAAUACAUUUUGGCAAGAAAUGUUUGCUAUAUUAUAAAAUGAAUGUCAUAUCAACUGUGUUGUGAGAAUAAUUUCUAUAGAAAAUGUAACUUGCUUACACAUAAUUUUCAUGUUCUGCAUUGCACUUUAAGGAAAGACUUCAUGUACUGAUAUGUUUCUUAAAUCAGAUUAACUAAGAUACGAAGUUAAUAUAGUAUUCUUAAAGAUUUUUGAAAACAAAUUUUGGAUCAUCUGGUUUUGUCUUUAAUUCAGAUACGAUUAAUCAAUAUCAAUGGUUUUUUGUCCUUGCUUGUGUUAUCCAUGGUUGAUCAGACAGCUCACAGUAUCUUUGGAACACUGUCUUAAUGUAUUGGGAUAAACACUACAGGUGGAAUUUUAUUACCUUUCAUGAAAAGACCUCUGUGUACUGCAUACAAAAAUACUAUACCCCACGUACUUAUUAUUCAGUUGUGUUAUGUUCUUAUCAUGUUGGGCCUAUUCAAAAUUUACAUUAAUAAAGAUUUUGUGAGUGUACUGACCUUGUAGCAAAAUAAAUUUCCCUCCUCAAGAAAAGUAAAGAAAAGUUAUAAAGUGUGAGUGCGUCUUAAUUCUUUAAAUUAUUUUUGAUUGAUCUGUAUUAAAUGACUACUAUUAAUCAAAGCUGCUCAAAAGGGGGAAGGAUAAUGUAAGUGACAGUGGUCUUUGCUUAAAGUUCACAACCCUGUACAUGGAUGAUGUGUAUUGAUUUUUUUAAAUGUGAUUGACAUUAUUAUGGUGUCCGACUGUCGAUGAAUUUGUGAGAAAGUGGAUUAUUUUGAGAAACAUGGUUGCAACUAUUGGCAAGGAAGGUGUUCAGUUCCUUCAGCACAUUGUACUGUGUAUUUGUAUGUAUAAAUAAACAUGAAUAAUUUUGGAAAAAGUGGCAGCAUCACUGACUUCAAUUUUUUAAAAUAUAUCUGAGCUUGAGGUAAGGAGAAAAUUUACAAAUUGAUGGUAUACCAACAUUGUUUAUACCACAAAAUAUUUUUUUGAGUUUUAACAUUUUGCCUUGUAACAAAUAAGGUAAACAUUUAUCUAAAGGGAUCAAAUAUCCUUAAUCAAAUUUGUUGUAUAGUAUGAGAUGCACAAAAAAAGUUAUGUGUUUAUUGACUCAUUUAAUCUAGUUUGUAGAAGACUACAAUUGGUCUCAUAACCACACUCGAGUAAAGGAUGUUUGUAAACAAAGGGUGCAAUGCUCUUGAAGUGUAGGGUCAGUCAUGUUUUUUCCCCAUCCUCGAUUGUAAAGAAUUCAAAGAACGACAUUUGUUACAAACUUUGUACCUAUCUAAAUGCUUAAGUUGAACCUUGCAAUGUUUAAAACAAACUCUAAAAAUCACAAUAUGAAAAGGCAUAAUUUGCAUUGGCAGUUUUUCAAUGAAAGAAGAAAAAACUACCUCACAAUUGUUUUGUUUGUAACAAAAUGAAUUAUCUUCUUAAAUUGCAAGUAUUCAAAAGCAGAAUUGUUGGAAAAAUUUAUUUGCAGAAGACCACUGCAAUAAGCCGUGCAUGUUAACACAUGUGUUGAAUCAACAUUUCUCUCUGAUGGGCAUAGCUACUUCUGCAAUCAUAAAAUUGGCUUAAUAAUUUUAUUGCAUACUCUGUGGCAAUACUGUUUUAAAGCUAUAUAUGAAUGAAGGAAUGUAGUUAAUUUGUUUCAUUUAAUGCAUAGUACAGUGGCAAGAGAAUGUUUUUUUUAAAAAAAAUGUAAUUUAUGUAUGUAUUCUAAGACAAAUUUGUAUGUGAUAGUUGCAAGGUGUAAAACAAACAGAUGAAUACAAAAACCAUGAAGAUAAAUAAUAUAUUAACAGAAAUAAUUUGCUUAAGAAAACAUUAUCAUUGUGUUCA